UUCAUUCACUCAAGUGUUGAUUUUCGUUCAAUUUGGCGAAUUUGUGGUGAUAACGCUGGCAAAGAUUUUAUAAUUAUCGUGAUAAUAAACAUUGUUACUUAAUUUUAUUUGUUAGAAGUUACGAAAAACAGAGAAAAUGGCGUUGAGAACUUACGGCGAUAAGCCGAUAAGCUUUCAGAUAGAGGAGGGUGGAGAAUUCUACUGUGUCGGCUCAGAGGUCGGCAAUUACCUACGGUUAUUCCGUGGGUCUCUCUACAAGAAGUACCCGGGUAUGGCCCGGCGUACUCUAACCAACGAGGAAAGGAAACGUCUCAUUGACAACGGUCUAGGAGCUCACGUGCUGUCCAGCUCGGUAUCCCUCCUCAAAGCUUCUGAGGUUGAAGAUAUAAUUGAGGGCAACGAUGAUAAGUAUGUGUACAAAGCAGUGUCAGUCAGCCAGGAGCUGGCUACACCUAGGGAGAGCAAGAGUAAGAAGCCACACAACCAGUCAUGGCUGCCAGUUAUGCCAAACUCCUCGCAUUUGGAUGCAGUACCACAAGCCACUCAGAUAAGCAGGACAAGGGUACAUAAUAAAAAGGUGCGCACAUUCCCUCUGUGUUUUGAUGACACAGAUAUGACUGCAAUGUUGGAGAACUCUUCACAGAAGCAGAUACUGGUGCCCAUUAGAUUGGACAUGGAGAUUGAGGGACAGAAGCUGAGGGACACAUUCACAUGGAAUAAAAAUGAAUCAAUAAUAACACCAGAACAGUUUGCGGAAGUGUUAUGCGAUGACCUUGAACUGAACACGAGCACAUUCAUCCCAGCAAUAGCUUCGUCCAUCAGACAGCAAAUAGAUGCGUUCCCGAGCGAACCUCCCGCCAUAUUAGAGGAGCAGCCUGACCAGAGAGUUGUCAUCAAACUGAACAUACAUGUGGGCAACACUUCGCUAGUCGAUCAGGUGGAAUGGGACAUGUCAGAGAAAGAGAACAACCCGGAACAGUUUGCUAUGAAGCUGUGUGCUGAGCUGGGGUUAGGCGGGGAGUUCGUCACCGGUAUCGCUUACAGUGUGCGAGGACAGCUCAGCUGGCAUCAGAGGACUUAUGCUUUCAGUGAGGCACCGCUGCCUGUUGUUGAGACACCAUACCGCCAACCAUCAGAGGCGGAGCAAUGGGCGCCGCACCUGGAGACGCUCACCAACGCGGAGAUGGAGAAGAAGAUCCGCGACCAGGACCGCAACACGCGACGCAUGCGCCGCCUCGCCAACACCACGCCCGAUGUGUCCUUGAGUCGCGCCGUCAACCGGCUGAUCCGAGCCGACGAAGCCCUCUUCCAAACUACCCCAGAAAAGAGGAGGAAAAAGAUAUAAACAGGAUAUAACAACAUGAGAAAAAUGCUGUGUCCUCUUACUAUAGAAAUAUAUUUAGUUUACAUACCUACAUUAUAAAGUCCUCUUGGGUCCAUUUUUGUUGACAACAUAAACGUUAAGUUUCUGAAAGUAACUAAUUACUAUGAAUAUUCCCAUUCAAUUUUAAAAGUAAACACUUGUUUUAAGAAAACCUGAAGUUUAUGUUGUCGUUAAAAAUGGGCCCGAACAUUGUCAUACAUCUGGUUUGCUGCUGACCACUUCGACUUCAUACACUCCUGGUACUUUCAGCUGUAAAGUUAUACGUAGGUAAUUUCUAUUUUACUCGCCUGAUACGAAUUAUUAAGAACAUAAGCUUUUUAUAUAGAUUCUAUUUUUAUUGUUUUUAAAUACAUUGCUUUAGUUUAAACGUCUGACGGGUAUACCGCUGUUUCAUAUUCAAUAAUAAUUUUGCCAUAAUGUGAUAUUAACUUGCCAAUAUAGCACAUUCAAUGGUGGACACAGCAACUUUAUUUUUUAUUCCAUAUUAUUAUAAAUCUUGAUGUAAUCGUAAGUUUCAAUACGUAGUUAUUUCCAUUUAGGGAGUUUAAAGCGCUGUCUAUGAGAGUUCAGUUAAAAAAAAAAUAAAGUGUUGCCCAAAAGAAAAAAAGCGACAAGUCAUUUAGCACUUGAAAAGAGUUUUCAUAGCAAUUGCCUUUUUAACACAUCAGUUUUCAUCCGACUUCCAGAAAAGGAGCAGGUUCUAGAUUCGAUGUAUGUUUUUUUAGCCAGCGUUAACUGCUCUCUCUACGACAAAGUGAGUAUGAUGGCCUAAGGCAUAUAUUCCUAGGGUAGUUUGUAAUUGUCUGUGAAGCCUAAAAGGCUGUUUAAAUCGUCUGUAGUUAUUUCGAUUCUUCAGUUGAUUUGGUUUUACACCGUGGAGGAAAAGAUGAGCGGAGAUGCCAUAAGGCAGUUAGGUCAAGCACCUUCUUUUAGGUCAACCAAAACAACCCGAAUGGGUCGUUAGUUCGUUAGUGAACUAACGACCCAUUCGGGUUCUUUCAAGAUAAAUCUUUGACACAAUCUUUGUCAUCAUUUUUGAUGAUUGAUAAGCAUAUUGGUUUAAAAAUAUGGGUACUAAAAAAACUGCGUGCGCAAAUGCUGAUUAACUAAAAAAAGCGUAUGAGCGUAGCUAGUAACGUUCAUCACCCCCGACCAGCUACAUUUUGGCGACGCUACUUUCUUAGGAGAUUUUCCAUUAUGACAUCUACACUCGUCAUUUUGUUCUCCAUGUUUGACACACACAAUUUGACGUAAGUAAUGUGUGAGCAAGAAGCGAAUAUAUAUCCGCUGUUAUUUCUUAUCCCAUUCUUUAUACACUAUACAUACUUUAUACACGGGUAGUAUAUAACUUCUUCUAACAAGAUUAAAUAUGUGUUUAUCGAUGAGCACAUCACAUAAUUGUAUUUGAUGUGUUCAAGUCAACAGAAAAAAAUAGUAUCAUUCAUCUAAUAUUUUAACAAAUCUAUUGAGAUUAUAUCGAAAUUAUUCAUGUGCAUUUAUCAUUUUCCAGUUUCGUGUUGUGAGUUUAAAUGUAAUUUUGAUAAUAGUUUGUUUGGUUCUUACAGAGAUUCGAUUUAGUAAGUAAUAUAAGUCGAUUUUCGGGAUUGGUUGUAAUUUCAUUUCAUACUGGUUGUAAGUAAGACCUAGUUUUGGAAUAGUUAAGGAUAUAAAUAGUAUUUAAUAUUAUGUGACUUGGGAUUAAAUAAUCGUGUCAUUAUAUUAAAUAGAUCUGAUUUAUUUUAAGGACUACACAAGCAGAUUCAGCUCUCUGAAAAAUAUUUCUUACCAAUUUUAUCAUCAAUGUACUAUUCUAUCGUUCGAUUUAUUCAUAGGCACAAGUUCACCGAAAACUUAAACGUCCGUUUGUCUUUAACCGACUGUUUACUUUGAAAAUGGGACGUGAAACAAUAGUAAACAGUUGUUUAAAGAAAACGGACGUUUAUGUCGUUGGUGAAGGUUGGCCUGAGUUAAUUAGUAAGUUUUAGUGCUGAGAUAUAAACAGGCCUCAUAUCUGUGGUUAGUGUUUAAGAUAAAUAAAGACAUACGUAUUAAA